ACACCACAAACCCUACUCAGAGCAGCGCAACCUUCCAUUUCUCUCCAGCGCAGUCACUCCAUUCCCUUAAUCACCCCCAACAACAUGGCAGAACGUGGAGGCGGAGACCGCGGCGGCUUCGGUCGCGGCUUCGGUGGGCGCGGGCGCGGCGACAGAGGGCGCGGGCGUCGCAGGGCGGGUCGGCGCGAUGAGGAGGAGAAGUGGGUCCCAGUGACGAAGCUAGGGCGUCUGGUGAAGGAUGGGAAAAUCCGCAGCCUGGAGCAGAUCUAUCUCCACUCUCUCCCAAUCAAGGAGCACCAAAUCAUCGACACACUCGUUGGCCCCUCCCUCAAGGACGAGGUCAUGAAGAUCAUGCCCGUUCAGAAGCAAACCCGCGCCGGUCAACGCACCCGCUUCAAGGCCUUCGUUGUCGUCGGCGACAGCAACGGCCACGUCGGCCUCGGCGUCAAGUGCAGCAAGGAGGUCGCCACCGCCAUCCGCGGCGCCAUCAUCCUCGCUAAGCUCUCCGUCAUCCCCGUUAGGAGAGGCUACUGGGGUAACAAGAUCGGCAGGCCCCACACCGUUCCCAGCAAGGUCACCGGUAAGUGCGGCUCCGUCACCGUCCGCAUGGUCCCCGCCCCCCGUGGUUCCGGAAUCGUCGCCGCCAGGGUUCCCAAGAAGGUCUUGCAGUUCGCUGGUAUCGACGAUGUCUUCACUUCCUCCAGGGGUUCCACCAAGACUCUCGGAAAUUUCGUCAAGGCUACUUUUGAUUGUCUGAUGAAAACCUACGGUUUUCUAACACCUGACUUCUGGAGGGAGACUCGCUUCUCCAAGUCACCAUUCCAAGAGUACACAGAUCUAUUGGCAAAGCCAACAGGAAAGGCCUUGAUCCUCGAGGAAGAAAGGGUGGAGGCUUGAGCUAGCAGUUUUGAUGCUAUUGGUUGAUUGUGUUUCUUAAAGCAUGCUAGGAACCAGAAAAUUUUGUUAUUUCCUUUUCUAUCGAGGGACGUAUAUCUACAUGCAUUUUCUUGUUCUUUUCCCCCCCAAAUUUAGUUGAAUGGAUAUUUACGGAGUUUCAAACACCAAAUUUUUAUAUCUUGUGAACUUGGCUGUCGAAACUAAAUGACAGGUUUAAUAAUUCGGUGAAAACCAAGUAUGUUUUGAUUAUAUCAUAUUUUUUUGAGACUA